CUACAUGUUUGGGAAACCAGACAAAAUGGACGUUAGGUGCAACCCCAAUCCGGAGCUGGAAGCCAACCGGGUGUCCAAGAACGGGCAUAACAACAACAACCACGCCAAUAACAACAAUAGCAAAGAGGGCAAGGAAGGGAAGGGCGCCGAAGGGACGCUCUCGACGGCCUUCCUGAAGGAGCAGCAGCAGCAGCAAGGCGCUUUCUCGGCUUCCGGCGCCGCCGGGGAAGACUGCAACAAAAACAAAUCCAGCUCGACUGAUCCGGAUUAUUGUCGGAGAAUAUUAGUCCGAGAUGCCAAAGGCUCCAUCCGCGAGAUUAUCCUCCCGAAAGGGCUGGAUCUGGACCGGCCCAAACGGACCCGCACGUCUUUCACGGCGGAGCAGCUUUACCGGCUGGAGAUGGAGUUCCAGAGGUGCCAAUACGUGGUCGGGCGAGAAAGGACCGAGCUGGCCAGGCAGCUCAACCUCUCCGAAACUCAGGUCAAAGUCUGGUUCCAGAACCGGCGCACCAAGCAGAAGAAGGACCAGGGCAAGGACUCGGAGCUGAAGUCGGUGGUGUCGGAGACGGCGGCCACGUGCAGCGUGCUCCGGCUGCUGGAGCAGGGCCGCCUCCUCUCCCCGCCGGGCCUGCCGGGCCUGCUCCCGCCCUGCGCCGCCGCAGCCACCACCGCCGCCGCCUUGGGCUCGGCCUUGCGGGGGCCCGGGCUGGGCGGGGGCGGGGGCUCGGGGACGGGCGCCUCGGGGGGCUGCUCCCCGCAUCAUCCUUCCGUCAGCAGCGGCGCCGUGGGGCCGGGACACCCUUCCCCGCCGGGCCCUCCUCCUCCUCCGCCGCCGCCGCACAACCUCUUCAGCCUGCCGGUGCCCUCGCUGCUGGGUUCGGUGGCCGGGCGGCUCUCCUCGGCGCCCCUCGCCAUGGCCGGCUCGCUGGCCGGGAACUUGCAGGAACUCUCCGCCCGCUACUUGAGCUCCUCGGCCUUCGAGCCUUACUCGCGGACGGCCAGCAAAGAAGGCGCCGAGAAGAAGGCCCUGGACUGACUGGGCCUCGCUUGAUACUGAUCUCUUUGUGGCGACUCUUUAUGGAAUAUAUAUACAAUCCACCCACCCUCUCCGU